AUCCUAAAGUUGGGUCCUAUUGCGUCAUUCCUGAGGAAGAGUCUGGACCCGCCGUCAGACAGAGCCAUCGAGCUGGCCAUCACUCAUCUCAUGGACCUGAAUGCGCUGGACCAUAAUGAGGAGCUGACUCCAUUGGGGUUCCAUCUGGCCCGCCUGCCUGUGGAGCCCCACAUCGGGAAGAUGAUUCUGUUCGGAGCUCUGCUCGCCUGCCUGGACCCUGUGCUCACCAUCGCAACCAGCCUGAGCUUCAAAGACCCCUUCUUCAUUCCACUGGGCAAGGAGAAGAUAGCAGACCAGCGGAGGAAAAUUCUGUCCAAAAACUCCAGGAGUGACCACCUCACAGUGGUCAACGCCUUCUCGGGCUGGGAGGAAGCUAAGAGACGUGGCUACAAGUGUGAGCGAGAAUACUGCUGGGACAACUUCCUGUCUGCCAACACGCUGCAGAUGCUGCAGAAUAUGAAAGGACAGUUUGCGGAGCACCUGUUGGCCGCUGGCUUUGUGAGCAGUAAGGACCCUAAAGAUCCCAGAGCCAACAUCAACUCUGACAAUGAGAAGCUUCUUAAGGCGGUCAUCGUGGCCGGCCUUUACCCCAAAGUGGCCAAGAUCCGCCCCAGCCUCCACAAGAAGAGACCCAUGCCAGCGAAGGUGUACACUAAAGCUGACGGGAAGGUUUGCAUCCAUCCUAAAUCUGUCAAUGCGGAGGAGACUCAGUUCCACUAUACCUGGCUCAUCUAUCACCUGAAGAUGAGGACCAGCAGUAUCUUCCUGUACGACUGCACGGAGGUGUCUCCCUUCUCUCUGCUCUUCUUCGGAGGAGACAUCUCCAUCCAGAAGGACAAGGACCAGGAGACCAUCGCUGUUGAUGAGUGGAUCGUCUUCCAGUCUCCAGCUCGCAUCGCUCAUCUGGUCAAAAAUCUGAAGAAGGAGCUGGACACGCUGCUGGAGGAGAAGAUCAAGCGGCCGUGCCCUGUGGACUGGAGUGACCGCAGCUCUAAAGACUGCGCUGUGAUUUCGGCCAUCGUUGACCUCAUCACGACACAGGAGAGCCCCGGGGCCGCUCCCUCGGGAGAGCCGUCGAGGAAGAUCCCCCAGCACUGGGACGACUGAACCCAUCAGAGACAUCAGAGCUUCACCAUCAUCAUCGGGACUGACAGACAGCCAGUGUAGCCGCAUUAAAGGUGCAACGAGUAGAAUUUAACAUUAAAAUCCGGUGAUGGCUGAAGGAACACUUUGCCAAGACAAGCGAAUAAUUCAUUAAUUUCUGUCCAGUUAGCAUGUUAACAGGUCCCCAGUAGCUUCUAUACAUUGUUAGCUGUUAGCAUUUUUGGCUGAAGUGCCCCGUUUAAAGGAGUAGUUGUCAGAAAUGCUAAUUAUGAAUAGCUGAUGCAAGUGACAUCGUAGUGCUAACGAGCAGUCAUUGGCUUCCUUUCACUGUUAGCCAUGUUAGCAUUUUUUGAGUUGAAAUGCUGUUCAGUUGGUGUGGAGGUGAAGAAAAGGCUGAAGUCAGUGAAGAUGGAGGAACCUAACGUCACGCCAUUCGCUCAGACUCGCGCACGUAUAGUGUUUAGACUAGCGGUCCAGUCAGAUCGUGCAUUUAUAUCUGUGUGAUCUUCACCGCAAAGUCCAUCUUCUCAGCGUUUAACUAAUCUACCCCCACACGUCUGAAAAAUCAUUCGUAUGCAUUCCACCCUUCUGUUACAUUUGCAAGCUGUAAAAUGUAAAAAUUCUACUUAUUGCACCUUUAAAGGAAAGAUUUGGCUAAAAAUCUCAUUUUAGUGCUGGAGCUGUGAGGCUAACAUUGCUCACAAACACUAGGAGUUAAUAGUCACCCAAACCUUUACUGUAAAUACAUCCUCAGCACUUCUCUAACUGGCUCAAACUGCAGCCAGGUCUUCUUUAAGGUGGCGCAGGCUUGUCGAUGUGGUUUAGGACACAAUGCGAUGGCCGAACACUGAGCAGACAAUGGUGUUACGCCAAAUUCUGCCUCCCCUGCAAAAUCCAGCUCCCCGUUGAGUGCAGACGUGUGACACAGGCAUAUGGUUGCCAGAUUAGAAGGCCGAUUUCUGUUGUUUCUAUAUCUUCAGUUAGAAACGGUUCCAGGUAUUUAUAAAUGAGGAACAGCAGAAAUCGCGGCGCGUCUAUAUGCCUGUGAGACGUUCGUGCAAGUGAGCAGUCGUACUUUGGCACACCUGUUGUCCAGAGUGACUGCCCUCAGCGUUCGGCUACAUGCUGAAGUUUUUUAGUAGUUUACAGUGUCCUAAACCACAUCGAGGUGAGCUGGACGUGGUUUCGGCGAGUUGAGACGUUUUGGGGGUAUUUCUACAGAAAAGGUUCGACUGACUGUUGAGUUCUAGUGUUAGAAAAGAAGUUAAACUAAUGAAGCCAAUUUUGGACACCAGAUGUGUCUCGGAUGAUCAGCUACAUAUGAGGUGAUACAAACUGUGUAAAUUUGAUUUUUUGGGUGAAUUAGUCCAUUGAGAUAUGAAUGGCGUGACUGCAGUGGGGGGGGUGAUACACUGCUGUGUUGAGUGGUCAGACUGACCGACUGAGGCUGCCCGUUCCAAGACUUUUUGAAAUUACUGAAAGUUUUUUUUUUUUCUAUUAUUACAGUGAUGGUCUGUUAUUUUGUGUUGCCUUUGCACUGUUUUGUUAAGUUUUAUUCCUCCUUCUGGACACAAAUCAGAUUAUUAAAGUUGCUUCAUUACAGCACCCUGUCUGA